CACUUCAUAUACCUUGUCAUUUCUCCUCCACUCUCUCUCUCUCUCUCUCACUCAAUCUCAAAUCCUCCUUACAACUCUUACCUUCUUAUUUUGAUCAUCAAACCCCAUCUUAAGAAAACCUCAAAUUUUCUCUUUCUCUUCUCUCUCCAUCUCCUUUUUUAACCUGAAAAUUUAGCUUCUCCCAUAUAUUAUCAUCAAUCUUUCUCAAACAAGGACCUUCUAGAUAUAGUCCUUUUCUUUAACCUACUUACAAACACAAGAACAAACUAAAAGACCUAGGGCCAACAAAUAGAAGAAGUGAGAAAGGGAGACAAACUAAUUGUGGCUAGCUGUUCUUGUAGUUUUCUUUUGAUCAAGGAUAUAUGGAGCUAUUCCCAGCACAACCAGACUUAUCUUUACAAAUCAGCCCUCCAAACAGCAAACCAUCAUCAACUAAUUGGAAGAGGAGUAGUAAUAAAAGUACUACUGAAGAUGAAAAGGAUUUAAUGUUCUGGAGAAGAGCUUUGGAAUCAAGAAACUCCAAUACCUCUUCACUCUCAAAACCUCAUAAUAAUAAUAAUAAUAAUAAUAAUAAUAAUAAUAAUAAUAAUAAUAAUAAUAAUACUUCUCUAUUUGAGCUUUCUUUAUCCAAUCCUAAACCUACUCCUGAAUUUAAAUCUGGCCCUUUUCAUCACAUCCAAAACACUCACAACAAUUUCAUCCACUCUUUACAGCAAAACCAAGGGCUUAACUCAGAACUUUGUUUUUUGAGACCUAUAAGAGGAAUUCCUGUAUACCAUCAAAACCCUCCUCCUCCUCCUCCUACUUCACACUACCCAAUAUUUGGUCAGCAAACUUUUGACAAUACUAGUACUGCAGCUACAUUACCUAUACGUUCUUCUGGUUGUUGUAUUAAUAAUAACAAUAACAAAACAAUGUCUAAUUCCUCAUCGUCAAGAAUCCCUUUUCACACGUCCCAGCAAUAUCAUCAUCAAGCUGGGGUAAUGCGAUCAAGAUUUUUGUCAAGAUUUCCAGCUAAACGUACUAUGAGAGCUCCGCGAAUGCGGUGGACUAGCAGUCUUCAUGCCAGAUUUGUUCAUGCUGUUGAGCUCUUGGGUGGCCACGAAAGAGCAACACCCAAGUCGGUUCUGGAGCUUAUGGAUGUGAAAGAUCUCACUUUGGCACAUGUUAAAUCUCAUUUACAGAUGUAUCGGACGGUUAAAACUACCGAUAGAGUAGCAGUUCCAGCUUCUUCAGGCCAAUCGGAGGUAUUCGAUAAUGGGUCUUCUGGGGAUACUUCAGAGGAUUUAAUCCCUGACAUUGAAAAUUCAAGGAAGUCUGAUUUAUCUGACCAACAAGCCAAAAAUAACAAUAUGCAUCUCCAAGAUAAAGAUUACCAUGGUCUUUGGAGCAACUCUUCAAGCAGAGAAAGUUGGCAGUUGCAUGGAAAACUUGGAGACUAUCCGGGCAACAUUCCAUCUCUUGAGAAAUUACAGCAUAAAGAGAUGGAAGGAAAAUGCUUAAGCUAUGAUAGAAUAUCAGGAGAGGUGAGCUCAUCAAGCAUAACAGAGACAAGUCCAAAAAAGAAGCCUAAUCUGGAGUUUACUUUGGGAAGACCUUCACAGUAAAAAGAAAUCUUCUCUGCUCAUAAGUUAGUAUGUACUACUCAUUUUGAAAUCAUUAUAAUCUCUGACAAGGGAGCUUAGCUACUAGCUAGCUAGCUAGCUGGUUUAAAGAAAAAGUAAAGAGAAUCAGGUAUCCACAAAAACCAGAGAAAAGCAAAGGAAAAGAGAGCUAAAGAAAGACAAGGAGACAAGAAAGACAGGAAGAAGGAAAAGGAGAAGGGUGUGACCUCUGAAUCAAACAAUAUGUUAUUUUAUUCCCUUUCUAGAGAUAGAGAAGAAUAUGAAAUCUCAUUGAUUUUGUGUAUUAUUAGACUAGUCAUUAGAGGGAGAUCAAUGAUAGAAGAGGCUUUUUUC